AUGCAGGUGUGUAUCCGGGCUGGGUAUGACUCAGAGGAGCUCUUCUGUGGCGCGUUUGUGGACCAGGCAGCGUUUGAAGGGUGGAUGGCUAAAUUUCAGGCCAAACUCCCAGAUGCAGCGCUCACUGGUUUGGCGGCCGAUGAGUGGAAAACGCACCCAGUGGCAGCCAGGUUGCGUAUUUUUUGGCAAAGUCUGCAGCGGUCCCCUGUGGUGGGCCAGCAGGCGUUGGCUACUCGAUCCGCUGAGACUGCUUUGGCUCUCCUGACGCCCAACUCCGGCGCCAAGUUGAGCCCCAGUGAUCGGGAGAGGUGGGAGUGGCUUCCCUGGCGUCGCGCCCUAAGCGAGGAACAGCUUCUGGAAGUCAAGGCUCGUCGCAGCCGGACUUGCAGCGACUCGCAACCAGAUGAGUGGGACCUUGACAUUGCAGGCGCGGCCCUACGGGUUCAACACCUGCUUGAAACGCGGGCCCACGCCUUCGCGAUGAUAGGCGCCUGCCAUCUACACAGUUGGACAGUCUACAUCAAAAAGUUCCUUCACUUUUAUGCCCGUAGACCGGCGGAGAACUUCAGGUCACCAUCCGUGUCCGAGGCCGAGAUGGCAGAUAGGGCCGUGCUUGAGAAGGUGUUCCAGCUUUGUUUUUCGGGCUACUCGCUUGAUGACGCCCUAUCACAUGUGGUUGUGGACCGCGAUAUGCUUCGACAUGUGCUUGUGGAGCGGCCGAGAUUGGCAAAGGCAGACAAGGAAAAGGUGGCUACGCCGCCGCCACCUCCUACAACAUUGCCGCCGUUGCCCCGCCGCCCAGGCACUCAAAGGCGCAAAAGCUCCCUGGGCGCGAAGGGCGCUGCCAGCAAGCGUCUGCGCAAUGGAGAAUGCCGGGACUGGGUGGAGGGACGCUGCGUGUCCAAGUUUUGCCGCUUCAAGCAUGAAUGCGCAGUGUGUGGUGAUGUCAAGCAUCAUGCGGGGAUUGAGCGUUCUGAGCGUGUUGUGCCUGGUCAGCCGCUUGCGCUUGAGCUCUGGGAUGGUCUACUUACAGUCACGCAGGAUGUGGAUGCGGAGCUCCCUCGUCUACUAGAGCAUGGUGUGUCUACAGGCGUUGUGAACACAAUCCCGCCUUCCGGCGUAUGGCGCGAAGUGGAGGUCGCGGAGCGGCCGGAUCUGGAGCUGCUUGUGCAUGAUGCGCCUUGGGGAUCAGGGCGGGCAGACCCGAGGCUGCUGAUGGAGCUUGUUCAGGCAGAUGUGGAUUGCGGCUUUGCAGAAUGGCUGCCCAGAGGUUUGGCCCAGGACUGGACGGCCUUCGUGCUUGAUGUCAGUAAGGCGCACAAGCGCGUGAAGGUGCGUCACUCUGAGCAAGGGCUGUCUUUAUUUACUGUUAUUGAUGAGUCUGGUCGUACACAUUGGCUGGUCUACAAAACCUGUCAUUUCGGCUGCGCCUGGGCGGCCUUCUGGUGGGCGCGUGUUGCGGCAGGGCUGAUUCGAUUAACGCACGUGUUGAUUGCCAUCAUAUCGCAUUUCCUGUCCAUCUAUGUUGAUGACAGCUUGAGCCUAUUGCCUUCGAGCUCCGCGAAAGUGCGCUGGAUUGGCUGGCUCUUCAAUUUGGGAGGAAAGUUGUGUGCAACUCUGCCCGAAGAUAAGUCAGUUCGGCUAGUGGCCGCUUUAUCGGCAGUGGCGCGCGUAGGCUCGCGUCACAGCAGGCGUGAACUGGAGUCCCUGGUGGGGCUGUUGUCUUGGUACACAUGCGGAGCCCGGUGGCUUAAGCAAUGGACGGCCAUUUGGUUCCGAAUGCUGCUGAAGGCGGUGUUGCGCUUUCUCCCCUUGGACCGGGCGCAGUUGGCAGAAGUGCUGGAGUUGUUGAAUAGUCGCGCGAGACUCUUACAGCGGGCACAGUUGUGUGACGCUCAAGCCGGGUGGAAGCUGCUGGAGUGUGGUGGGCAGAUUGUUAAGAAUUCAUGGUUUCAGGACUGUGAAUUUAAAAAUGGUCGCGUGUGGGUGAAGUUUGGGGACUUUGAUGCAAGCUGCGUCCAGGCCACGAAGGAGGAGUCUAGCGUUGCUUUGUUCUUUCUCCGAAUAGUACAAGCCAACUCACCAGUCCACCUUGUGGAAAAGGAGGGGCCGUGCGUUGUGGCGGCUGCUGAUGCGUUUGCGGAAAGGGAUGUG